AUGUUUACAGAUCUUGCAUUCACACUUACCAAUUCUCUCAUCGGGGAGGAAUUCCGUGUGAUGCUGAUCCUGCUGACAUUGAUCGUUGCGGUAUUCUUCCUCCAUUCCGUGAUCAGGUUUAUCAUAGUAUUAUUUCGAGGCCCACCGGAAUUUUCAGACCGACCACCAAGCCAGGCAGGGCCGAUGGGAUACGCGACUCCUCCGCGGCCGAUACAUGUCAUCCUAGCCCGUGACGAAGAGUUGGGAGAAGAUGUCAGAAAUGCAGGGAACAAAGUCACUCAUCCACCACCAGCGUAUGGUCUGUGGAGAAGCAGUGUGAGAAUCAAUCCGAAUCUCCUCUAUUGGCAACGGGUGGACGAGGCGGUGCCGAAAGUGGAGGAUGGCAACAGCAACAGCGAAAGCAACGGCAACAGCAAUAACAAUAGCAACGACAACGGUAAUGGCAACAGCAGUGGCAAUGGCAAUGGAGAGAGCAGGCCGGCUACUGCAUAUCGUCCUCCAAGCUACGUCUCUGACAUCGGGGUUGACUAUGUUCUCAAUGCGGAACCACGCUCGAUUGCACCUAGAGGUCAAAACAACACAGCGCCCCCAAGCUAG